AUGUCCAAGACUGCGCUGAUGCCCUUCAUGUGCUAUCGCCAUCCCAACGGCAGGGCCAGUGUCCUUCGAUUCAGCGACGUCCUGUGCUGGGAGAGCAGCGACCACACCCUUAUGGUGGUUUUCGGAAUCUUCAUGACGGCCAGCAUGGCGUUGUAUUGGUCCAUUCUUGUCUGCUGUACCCUUCUGGCGCCGCGACUUUCGAGCCAGGGCAACGUGUUCUUUUUGACCGCAACCCGCUUCCUGUUCUUCCGUUUCCGCACGGAUUGCUGGUGGUAUGGCACCUGGUUCAUCAUGCGCGGCCCCCUUCUGUCGCUGCCCGUGGCCAUCUUCACGGACCUGCCGCAGGUACAGCUUUUCUGCAUGACCGCCGUCAUCGAGACGUACAUGGUGAUCCAGCUGGUCGUGUGGCCGUGGAAAACGCCAUUAAUCAACCUGGCAGACGGCUCGAUGAACAUGAUGAUGAUCCUACUCUUGUCCCUGGGCACAACCUUCCUAGAUGCGUUGGAGGGCGACGCGCGCAUGACCUACUCCAGGAUAGCUGUUGGCAUCCUGGGGGUUCUCUACUUUGUGGCCUUCCUGCUGCUCUGUGCGGCACUGUACGCCUUGUGCCACAAGGUGUCCAUGGGCAGCUCGGAGGAGCAUUGGGUGCUGACCCUGGGAAGGCCGCCCAGUACCACGCAGCUUUGCGAAGCUUUCGAGGCACUUCAGAUCGCAUACCAGACGGUAGACUCCGCGGUAAUCGAGAAGGCAAUCGACGAUCUCAGCGUUUACGACAGGCGGAUGUUGGCCGCAGUCCUUACGACUGUUGCGCCGAUGUUGGGCAACGACCGCAGAAUGAAGCUGGCGCGACGCUUGUCUGUCACCACAACGUCGCUGGCAUCCAUGUCGGUCAGGUCGCAGGGCGCAGCAGAGGCAGAGCGCGCGAGCUCUCCGCAACCUCAAAAGGUGGAGAGCACGGAGGUGCCACCCUCCGCGCACAUUCGGCGCGAAGUGGCGCAGUCGGCGUACAUCUGA